AUGAACCAUCCUUGGAUUGGCUGUUUUGCAUAUCACUCGCGUUAUCAACCAGAUCGAACCGAGCACCAGAUUCGUGUGUGCACGUACAGCAUAUGCAUUGUGUUUAAUCCGGGCUGGGUGGUAUCUGUCCGAAAUCAGACGAAUUGGAGACUCGGUGUCGUGGGAUUUCUGCCUGGCCGGGUCAUGCAGAGUGGGCGGGUCAGCGCUAAGCCCCACCGCGAUGUGGCUAAGGCGUCAACGCCAACAUGGCCUACUCUCGGUGGAUAUCAUAGGCUGUGUGAAGUCGGAAUGAUGUGGCUUUGCGGUGUGAGGACAAGGCUGUACGACUGUUCUGAACGAACCCCCUCCUACAGGACGGGGCAGUUGGUCGGAUGGGACCAGAAACUUUCUGGAUUAGCGCGCAUUCGACAUUCAACCAAGACCUGUAGGCAGCUGCUCGUUCCAAACGGAACGUCUAUCACAGACACUGGCCAUUGCAGGAGAGCGACAGUGUCGAACCGGAUAGCAAAAUGUACAUUUCAUAUCUGA